AACCCAAGAUGGCUGCACAUUCGGGAGGAGUAGAUUGGGCUGCCGUUUUAAAACCGUUUUUAAGUAGUUCAAGUGAGAAUAUUAGCAAAAACGAUGUGUUUAAUUUAGUGAAAACUAUUAUCCAAAGUGAAAAUGAGAUUAUCGAUCAUGAUGCCGCCCACAAGCAGUUUUUCGACAGCUUUGUGGUGCUGGCGGCGGAAAAUCUUGCCACCCAAGUCACGUCAUUAUCCCAAACCCAACUUCCUCAAAUCGCUGAGGCGGCAACCGUGCUGAUUCGUUACAUACUGCAACAUCUGGACUCCCAUGCUCCGAAUAAGCCGAGUAUUCUGCUGAUGGCUUUGAAGGUGCUAUGCGAAGGCCGCAGAGAAUCGGAGCAUCCGACAAGCAAUACAUCCGCUUCGUCAAUUAUUUCCGCAUCAGUAAUGAAGUAUCUGAAGUAUCCGGAAGUGCACGGGAAAUCUCCCUCUGUGGGCAGCAGUGGUGGCCAGUCAGGUGUUGUCGUCAGUUCCGGUGGUAGCGGAUCAGAGAAAGAAAGUCCCAAAAGCGAAAUGAAACGGUCGCGAUCGGAUUUAUCCACUGUUAUAUUACAACAACUUACGACUCCGCUCGGUGCCGGAAUGUUCACAUUUGCUGCACUCAGUGAGGAGCAAAUUGAUUGCACGGACCUGUUCGUGAAAUCCAACCUUCAAUGUCUACAAGCAACGAACGGAGGUGACAUUCUGUUCAAAUGGUGUACCAACUCGUUGACCACGUUGGCCAAAUACCGCGCUAAAUAUGAGGAAUGCACCGUUCAUGGAAAGCCGCUUUACUUAUCCAUUACGACAGUGGAGGCAGGGGCUGUUAAAGCAAACCUGUCUCAAAUUGAGUCAGACAUUUCCAACUUGUUGCUGGCGGUAUCGCUGCCAGUGGUCGAACCAUUGACGCCAAACAAAAUAGCGCUUCUAUCUCAAUGCGCAAUGUCUGCUUUGUACUGCGCCGUUCUGACAUCAACAUCCAUCAGCGUCCUGGCCAUGGCCGCCAGUGGUUCACAGAAAAGUGCUUCGUCUACACAGCUACAACAAAAGGAGCAACAAUCGUCUAGUGCUCAAUCCCAGAAGGAAAGCGAUGAAGAAGAGGACUACGCUAGAAUUGUUGUCGAUCGGGCUCUGGAAAUAUUCACUAAAGUCCGAAGUAUUCUGAAGAAUUCAACACGAACGCACAUCUACCAGAAUCACGUUUGCAUGGGAGCAUGGCUGUUGAUAUCCGGAAUUCAGGGAACUAUGGGCGCUUCUGGAAAUCCCAGUGGCACCUCGCAACAGACAGCAUCCGUGAAGACUUCAGAAGAAAACUUGAAAGGAAGAAGUCCGUUGAAAACACUCGAUGUCCCUCAAAUGGCUUCAACUGCCGCACCGACACCUGCUCUACGAGUAAACCUUUUUAAGGUUCAACAGGGAUUCGGAGUACUCAACGCAGCUAUUGCUCGCCAUAGCAUUACACUGUUGACAGAGCUCAUCGAAGAUUUGAAGAUCGAUUCUCGUUCAGAUGACGAAGAAUAUAGCAGCAUCGAAUCCGCUGGUUUCGAUAUUCUUGGCCAGUACACAUCUAUUCAAAGAGUCGUUCGUGUGUUGAAUAGUGCCACUUUACAACAGUUGAUGACGUUCUUAGCUACGGUGUCCUACCGGAAAGCUUGCACUCUGCGCAGAAUAAAUACCAAGAACACGAACGAAGGUGAACCAAUGAGCUAUAGCGAUUCAACAACUUAUUACAAUGAUACGUUUUCAUGCUCGGAAGGAAGCGAACCAGAGGAGGAAGACAGUGACAGUUACUUAGGACUUUGGUUUAAGGAAACUCUUUCUCCGGAAGCCAACGAAGAGAUGACCGAAUCACAGGAGCAGGAAAAGAAAGACGAGAAGCGUCAUGGAAGCAACCUAGUUCCAGCAAAAGACGAGCCACAUGAAUAUCUUAACUUAAGCUCGUUAAUUUUCAAUUUCUUCGACACAUCACUUGGUGGGCAACACAUCUACCUAAAUCGGUACGUAAGAACCGGUCUAAGUGAGCAGCAAAUGGUUUUGGUAGCCAACAUUCUUCGAGAUUUGGAUCGGGAUUCGGCACGAGGUGAACCUGAAAACUCCGGAUGCCUCCAAUGGCAGAAUGCAAUGGUAAAGUUUUCCGGUGCAGUUGGACGUUAUCUCCAUAAUCUGAUAUCAAAUUCACUGCUGAACGAGUCGCUCCAAUCAGCUCUUCUUCUGCAUCUAGGAGUUUCGCCAUGGACUCAAGAUUCCAAUAUCUGGCCUCUUCAGGUUUACUCCAGAACUCUGGCAGUGCUUGUCCAAAUACUUCUGCUGAAACCAUCGCAAGAGAAGGAAGCGGCAUGCCUUUCAGUUUGGCACCGCCUGGUUAAUACCCUUGUGGAAGGCGUCUGCUCUAAUCAAACUAUCCCAAGCGAGUCUGAAAUCGAGGACCUUAACGUGGAACAUGCACAACUGUUACUAUUUCUAUUCCAUUCGCUUAACCUUAUGCAGAAGAAAUCCAUAUUACUGCUCACCGCAGGCGGAGUUAUCCGUUGUUCAGAAGUUUGUCGCUCUGUUACUCCAGAAAAACCGUUGCGCGAUCACCAGAUCAUGCUAUUAUCGAGACUGUUAUUAUUCCUCGAGUAUCUCAUGAAACACCUGUACAAUCCCCCCAACGUUCUGCUCGAGCAAGUCCGCUGGAAUCUGUUCAGUGUUUUCACCCUAGAUUCGGAACAGAAAAUUGCUGAUCUCAUUAACUACAAAACUAAGAUGAUGUCAUUCUGUCGUAAGGAUAUUGAAGAUAAGCACCGCAAAUUGGCCAAUGAAUUCAGCGUCAGUGGAGUCAAACCAAAGUUCUACUCUCUGACAACGGUCGACACCAAGAUUCAACAGGAGUUCAAGUUGGACGGAUUGGCGUGGAAUUUCAUUUUGUGCACACCGGACAAGCUGAAGUAUCCCUGGUUGAUCGACGCCCUGAUCGACAUCCUCAGUAUCACGGAUAUGUGUCUGGCGAGGAUUCCCUUCCAGACGCUCUGUGCAGUGCACUAUUGCUUUAGUCUGUGCUGGAAGCUAUUACUGGGACUGCCACCAUCGACACAGCACGUUGAGGCGCUCAUGCACGAGAAGGUUCCAAACCUGCAUUCGUUGCUGUGGUCGAUUCGGUGUUUACAUCCGAUUACUCAUUCGCAUUAUUUGAUCGUUAAUAGUUUGGUGAAGCAGGGCAUGUACACACAAUCCGCGGAGGCGUUAUGGAAUCGUCUAACGGAUCACGUGUCCGACAUGAAGUAUAGCCUGAAGCUCACGGUGUUGGGACUGGAAUCAUUUGCUAGUUCUUUCGUUCCGGAACAGCCACGAUUGUCCAAGAUUAUUCUGCUCGACAGCCUGGUAUCGCAUCUGUAUGCCAUUUGUUGGGCUGAAAAGGAAGGAGUCAACAUAAAAACAAAGUCAACCAACAACAGCAGCAGCUCGUCGAGUAGCAGUACUAGCAGCAGCAGUUCGACUAGCAGUAACAGCAGUUCUACGUCAACCAGUUCUAACGUUAGUGAAUCAAGUGUCGCAAGUGGAGGGCAACAGCAACUAACAGUUACAGCAGGAGUGGCUCUAACUACUGACGCUUCCACUACCACUGGCCCUGGGCUGGAAACAGUCAAAAUGGCAUCUCGAAAUGAUCUCACUCGUAGCUUGAUGUCGAAAUUGAUGGAAGUCCUCGGGAUUGUGAAGGAUGCAACCUAUAAGACUAUGUUCCAGAAUCUGAGUGGACAAAUUCCAGCAUCGUUGAUUGAACCGUUGAUUGCAAUAUGUGGCUCUAAGAACACGUUUUGCCAGGAUCUGUCCACCCAGUUAAUCGCACUGGUCACAGGUCAGGACAAAGACGUAAUCUCAGUGGAAUGGCGUAAGAAUCUUACUAUUGCAAGUGAGGACAACUUCACAAGUGGAUCGUUUCCCGUGGAGGUGCACACUUUAACAGUCAUCGAUGGUCACUUGACUGAAACGUCUAAGCACUUAUCGUACUCAAUCUUACUGUCACUAAAGCACGCUCUGAAAUCUUGUGUCAACUUAGUCUACUAUAUGUUACCAAAUUAUGACGACAAAGAGUUGGACAACGAGUUGAAGGAAAUUCUGAUCCCGAUGAUUUUCGAUCUACGUGCAGAAUAUUUGUAUGAUGUUGUUAACAAGUGUUUGGAAUCCCUGUUGGGGGGAGAUUCCACUUCGGAAACCUACCAACUGCUGGCAUAUUCAAACAUUUUGCGCCACAGCUACCAGUUUUUAAUCGAAUACACCGAAUUAUCAUCCCAAGGACAAACGAUCAACAUCGAAGAAACUGUCCUACACAGUAUCAUCAAAUUUUGGGAAUCUAUGUUGGAUAAAAUCAUCGGUUUGAAAGCAAUGCGAGAGUUUUUCUUCGAAAGCAAAAAGGGUAAUCUUGUUCAGAUAUUACUCUCGUUCACUGGCACCAGCCUGUCCCAGAAGUAUUCAACAAAAGUACUUCAAUUCUUCGAGAAACUUUUCGCCGCAUCAGAAAAGCUCGAUGCCCAGUUUGAUGAAGAAGAAGUUUGCAGCUGCAUUGCCGAACUAGUGAAUGCCGAUUCACCAAAACUAAAAAGUUGGCUCAGUCACAUUCUACUUGGUCCCAGAGGGGCUAGCUUGACUGCUGGAGGAUCGAAUGCAUCGAGUAACGUACCGACUCCAACUAAUAUGGCAACCGUGUCUGCCAUUCCCAGCAUCACUGAUCAGUUGGCUGUUUCAGCCACAUCGGAAAACAAUACCGCUAAUAAUGCUUCAGUUGGAGGUGAUCCAGAUGCGAUGGAUAUUGAUUACGAAUGUAUGGUAAUGCCCUGGCAAAAAGAGACGAGUCGGACCGGAAAUGAUACUGUAGAUGAAGCACUGGAGAAGAACGGAAAGUUGUUGCAAGCUUUGGUAAAAUAUAUUGUGGCUGAAAAUAGAAUCGCACCAUCCGUGGCAGAAUCUCUGUUCCAAGCUUUAAUUCAGAUUGGUCACAACCUGCUAUGCCCUGUUCAAGAAGCUAUCGAGUUUGCCGAUCUGCUUCAAGUAAUGAUAACUCUGGCUGACGCCGGUAAAGGUCGUGGCCACGCUAUGCUGUUUACAGCUGCUAUCGAUUGGCUGGAAAUUUCGAAAAAUCAAGUACUUGAAGGAAAAUCGCCGAAGAGUGGAUCGAAGGCUGCGGUUCAACUAGAAAACGUAACUGCAAUUUUGAAAUACAUGAGUGAUUUGCUGCUGGGCUUGGGAUCGAAUGGUAGCCGUUCCAUCAAUCCGCCAUGGGAUGAAGAAUCACCAUUGGAUGCGGAAGAUAUUCUGGACGAUUUGGGAGGUGACGACGAUGACAGUGCUGUUGAAGAUUCCGAUGAAGACAGUCUCAGUAAUAAGCUGUGUACAUUUUCUAUCACUCAUAAAGAUUUCAUGAAUCAGCAUUGGUAUUACUGCCACACCUGCAAAAUGGUUGACGGCGUUGGUGUCUGUUCGGUCUGCGCCCGAGUAUGUCACAAAAACCACGACAUUAGUUACGCUAAGUACGGUAAUUUCUUCUGCGAUUGUGGUGCAAAAGAAGAUGGAUCCUGUCAAGCAUUAUCGCGACGAAGCAAUUCAGGCCAUGGUGAAGAUUCAAUCUUAGGCUCAGCGUUGCCAAGAACAUCCGAAGCAGAGUCCUUAUUAUUAACCAGCUCAUUGAGACGAACAGCGUCGAGUCCGACCAAUCAACUGAAUCAAACUGGAAGCAGUCAAAUGUCUGAAAAGGAACAGUUGCUAGCGAAAAUAAUCGAAAGCUCCAAGGAAGCUUUGAGUAAUCCAGAUCAAUGGAAAGUCGUUGUGAAGAGUAUUUUGUCGUUCUUCAAUUCCCUAAUGCCUACCAUUAAGGACCACUGUGCUAAAUAUUCAACAGUUGGAUGUCAUCUUCGUGCUCGUAACGCACUGGAACGUUUACAUCAGCCAGAAAAAUCAUAUUCCUUCAGCGAUCAAAUCAUGGUCGCCACCUUAGGAUCACAGGAAGGAGCAUUCGAAAAUGUGCGUAUGAAUUUCUCCGGGGAGCAAGGACAAACAAUCAAACAACUGCUAUCAUCGAAUCUGGUUCGUCGCGUAGCCCUAUGUUGUUUAGCCUCGCCGCAUGGCAAACGCCAACAACUAGCCGUAUCGCAUGAGAAAGGCAAAGUUACUAUUCUGCAAUUGUCUGCUUUGCUGAAGCAAGCCGAUGCCGCCAAAAAGAAGCUGACCCUCACCAGACUUGCGUCUGCGCCGAUUCCAUGCACUGUUUUGUCGUUGGCAUCUAACCCGGCGAAUGAAGAUUUUCUUGCAGUCUGUGGCCUUAAGGAAUGCCAUAUCCUUACGUUCACAAGCACCGGAACUACAAACGAACACAUUGUUUUGACGCCCCAACUUGAAACCGGAAAUUUCAUCAAACGAGCCAUCUGGCUUCCGUGCUCCCAAACCAAACUGGCCCUUGUUACAGCGGACUUUGUGAAGAUUUACGAUCUAGCAGAAGACAGUUAUAGUCCGCAGUACUAUUUCCUCGUACCCAGUGGAAAGAUCAGAGAUUGCACUUUCGUGCACCAAGAGGACAACUACUACAUGUUGAUAAUGUCGUCUCAUGGAUACAUUUACACUCAACCGCUGACCGAUGAGAGCCUUGCCAAGCACGGCCCAUUCUACGUCACCAGUACUCUCGAACUGGAUCAUCCCUCUAUCACCGACGACAACGGGCAGAUAUUAGCCGGAGGAGUGUCGAUUUACUAUUCUCACGUGCUACAGAUGCUGUUCUUCAGUUACGUGGCGGGUCGCAAUUUCAUGGCUCCGCUGACGAAUGUCAAUCAAGGUGUGAAAUGUGUGAUCAAUCUCAUCUGUAAUCCGGCGUCGAAAGUGUUCUCCAAAUCGUUGACUCAGCCUCUUUGCCAAUGGACCGAAAUCCCCGGACAUCCAGGUCUGAUUUGUGCCAUGAUGCAAAACCUCAACAAUCCGGUCAUUUUCAUGAUUAAACCAGACGGCUACGUCGCCCAAGAAAUCAAGGCACAGAAUGCGAAGGCCAAAAUCAUGGAUAUGGUAGCCAUUCGUCAUUCAGUAUCAGGUGUGGAAAAGACAACACUGAUUCUUCUAUGUGAGGACGGUAGUUUACGAAUCUACGCUGCACACCCGGAGAACACCGGGUACUGGUUGUCUCCCGAAAUUCAACCUAUUGGUCACCUGUUCCAGACAGGCUAUUCUAAGUCCCGCAAAUCGAAAAAAUCGAGUAAACAAAACAGUGGAGGUCAGACCGCUGGCAAGAGUGGUGCUGGCUCUGCUCCAACGUUCCCGAUCGAUUUCUUCGAACAUUGUACGCUGAUGAACGAAGUUGAGUAUGGCGGAAAUGAUUUGCUGCAGAUCUACAACACUCAACAUUUGAAGCAUCGUUUGAAUUCAACCGGAUUAUAUGUUACGUCUACGAGAGCCAACGGUUUCACACUGGACGUCAUGAACAACGAUCCUAACAUGGUUAUGACGGGAAUCCGUAUAUCAAUCGGCUCACAAGAAGUAAGCAAGGCACCACAAAGCAUUACUAUUCUUGGUCGUGUUGUACCAACGGUGGCAACCCGAGCCCGUUGGUUCGACGUUCCAUUAACUAGAGAAGAAAGCCUUCAAAGCGAUAAGAAGCUCAGUAUCCUCUUCGGGCCUUCGCAGGAUGCUGAAAAUAUAACCAUUUUAGACAGCAUUAAAAUUUAUGGAAAAACUAAGGACGUUUUCGGUUGGCCAGAAGAAUCCGAAGACGUGGGCUCUUCACAGCUAAACUCAACGACACAAACCCCUGGACAAAUGGUUAGCUCUUUAAACGGCGGUGAAAAUGGAGAAGGAAAUGGUAGCUCGGGCUUGAUGAUCACACCUUUGGAUAAAAUGGUGUCCACAAUGCUUCAGGUACUAGACAGUGGAUUGUCGUUGCUUGGAGGACCAAAUGGCGAUGAAAGUUGCAAACAGACAGCCGUCGAUGUGGCUACAUCUCUGAUUCUAUUCCCUACGACAAACAUGGUUCAACAAGAUGCUCGCAAUGUGCUUGUCACUUGCCAUCCGAAUAAAACAACCUACCAUGCUUACAAGGACAAGGAAAUUUUAGCGGAUAUCAACGCACAGCUUAAGAAGAUGGCAGAUGCCAGAGACUACAAGUAUAUCGAUCCGGAGGCUUUCUAUAGAGUGGUUUUGAUGACACGUGGAGUUGCAAUCCAGAGACCACAAGCACUCACAAAAAUCUGCUCGGAAAACCAGUUUCCUAUUCUUGAACAGUUGAUGCAACUCAUGAAAGAUUUGUAUAAAAUCACCCCGGCAUAUGAGGAACCACUCGCCAUCGUGAAACAGGGUUUGUCGCAUGUUGAAGCCGUUGUAUAUUCGCUUGUGGAGAUCAUCUACGCGUUUGCAUUGUCCGAUAGCGACAUGAUUGAGCUGAUGGCCAAAUUUUUCGUAGAACUACUGCUUGACCCUGCACCGAUUAUCAGUCAUAGCGCAAAACAGGCGAUGAUUCGUCUAUUGCGACCAAAAAUUCGACGUCGCAAGGUGCUUAUCGAAAGUCCCCCUGUGUGCUCAACACCAACUCCAUCGACUGUGACUUCUGUCAUAGCAGGACCCUCUACAUCGUCUGGCCCAUCUUCAUCGGCUGGUGCAGUAGGUGGAUCAGUGGCUUCCGGAUCUAGUAGUCUUGCCGUUGGUGGAGCUGCUGCAAACGAAGAUUAUGCCGGAGCAAUGCAAGAGGUGGAUGCGAUAGAGUCACUUGGACUGGAACCGUCAGGUGGAAAUCAGGCUUUAGCGUCUUUGGAAGCUUUGUUGGGAGUGGGAUUCCCACAUCUGCUGGAAGCUCCAGAUGCGGAUGAUGAAACCAUUAUGGAAAUUGCCAUUGCAUUGAGUUUGCAAGACAACGAGACGGAUCUGGCUGCUUUGCAGCAAAGUAUUGCUCAAUAUCAAGGAAGGAAUAGAAAUCAAGCUCCGGGAUUGCCUGCGGCAAUAGCAGGAGGAUCAUCGUUCAAUGUUGAGUCGAAUGUAUCCGGUGGCGGUUCCGAUGAUGACGAAAUAUCAAACGUUGCUACAGAAGGGUCAACUCUACGAACCUCCCCAGCAGGAGAGCACCCAGGAAGCGGCAGUGGUGGAUCUGAGAGUGGUUGUAGCGGAGUGGAAAGCAUCGGCGGAACUUCUGGUAGGAGUUCGACUUAUGAUGAACAACCGAAUCCAUCCCCUCCCCGGACUUCCGGGGUAGAUCAAAUACCACCACAACCAGUGGCUCCCCCUGAAAUCGAUGAAACCGGUGGAGAAAAUGCGUGCAAGUUGCAUGUUUUGAGAUACUCAAUCCUGAGCAAGCUGGUCGAUAAUUUCGCAACUUUAGACACAGUCAACGGUUCGCAAUGUAUUCCAUUUAUGCAAGUUAUUCUCAUGUUAACUUCGGACUUGGAUGGUAGCCAAGAAGCUGAUCAACAGGUAAUGAAUCGUCUACUCCAAGCACUAAUCGAUCGUCUUGAGAUACCAGCCACAAAGACCUAUCAGAUGUCAAAUCGUACAUCAAAAACGGAAGUUCAACUGAUCAUCCUUCGCUUGGUUGGAGUUCUGAUGGGUAAAGUUAAAUCUAAGUCAUCAUCGUCAUCAGCUGCGGCUGGAUCUUCCUCUGGCUUAAGCCAAGCUGUGCUGGACAAUGCUUCCUUCGUAGCACAAGCAACUGCCAAUGCUUUGAUGAAGAACAAUGCCAUUCCUUACUGUUUGAUGAUUAUGGAAUCAUUCCUCCCCCACUGGAAAAACGUUGCCAGCAAUGAAGAACUUUUGUCUGGCACAACGGCCAACACAAAUACUGGCCCUGUUAUAACUACGCCUGGUGGAGCUCCAACAAAUAAUCUGCUUAAAGCGACACUGUAUGGACUGUCUCCUGAUAUGCAGCCUUUCUUCGCUCGUCAAUACGUCAAAGGUUGUACAGAUGUUUUCGAACUUUACCCUCAGGUUCUCACAGAAAUGGCAGUUCGCUUGCCUUAUCAAAUACUGAAGCUUUCAUCGGGUCACCCUUCAUCACACGAUUGGUAUCACCUACUUUGUGAAUAUAUGACGAACACUUUAUGCGAGUAUAUGAUGUACAUGCAAUCUCCUGUGCUGCGUCGUCAGGUUCGGAAGCUGCUGCUUUACAUUUGUGGUAACAAGGAAAAAUAUCGCCAGCUUCGUGAUCUUCAUUCUCUAGAUACCCAUAUGAAAUCCGUACGGGAAUGCUGUGAAGGUAGUGCCCCACCGAUUUCGUCAAUCGGAUCUAGCACAAGCGCUAUUUUGAGCUAUGACGCACUAGUUGAGCUUACGGAACACUUCCGAGCUUGUCAGGAGAUCGCUUCGAUUCGUACCGGAAAUUGGCAAAAAUUCUGCGUUCGCAAUUCCGAUAUCCUUCCAUCACUGUUAAACAUUAGCUGCUGUCAAUUGGAGGAAGGUGUAUCAUCAAUUAUCCUACAGCUGCUACAAUCGGCAAUCUGCAAUAGUCAAGGAAUAAAACAGGACUCAGGAUCAGCGUCGUCAACGAGUAUGAAAAUAUCGGUGCUAAAGGAACGUAAAGAUCGUGACAAAUCGGAGGAAUCCGAUACUGCUACAGAAUCGAAAUUUGAUCCGGCUCAAUGCGUGGCACUGGUUACACAGAUAUUCAAUCAAGUCCCGUUCCAGAAUCUAACCAAAUUCAUCCGAAGCUUCCUAUUGGAAACUAAUUCAACAGCCAUCCGCUGGCAAGCCCACAGUUUGGUGUAUGCUUUUUACGAAAACAGCAGCGAAGCGAACAAAGAAUUGUUAUUGCAAUGCCUGUGGGGUCUCUGGCCGUUGUUACCGGCGUAUGGCAAACGCACUGCUCAAUUUGUAGAUCUGUUAGGGUUCCUUACCCUAAAUACCAAGUCAUUAAGCGACAAACUUCCGGACUACACAGCACAAGCAGUCUCUGUUUUACGCCAACAAAAUGAACUGUUAUCGAAACAUCCAAAUGCACCGAUCUACUCCGCUCUUGGACACGUGCUAGAAUUGGAAGGCUUCUAUCUAGAGUCGGAACCGUGUCUGGUCUGCAAUAACCCGGAAGUUCCUUAUUCAAAUAUAAAACUUUCCACUGUUAAGGUAGAUUCCAAAUUUACAACAACUACCACGAUCGUGAAGCUGGUUCAAAGCCAUACCAUUUCGAAGAUCAUUCUCCGCAUUGCUGAUCUGAAACGAGCAAAAAUGGUGCGCACCAUAAACAUUUACUACAACAAUCGCACCGUGCAGGCAGUAGUCGAGCUCAAAAACCGUCCCUCGAUGUGGCACAAGGCUCGUAAGGUAACUCUCCAAUCCGGGCAAACGGAUGUUAAGAUAGACUUCUCUCUUCCGAUAACGGCUUGCAACCUAAUGAUCGAAUAUGCCGAUUUCUACGAAACGGUGAGCGGAUCUAGCGAAAGUCUUCAGUGCCCUCGAUGUAGUGCAGUUGUGGCAGCUAAUCCUGGAGUUUGCGGAAACUGUGGUGAGAACGUAUUCCAGUGCCACAAAUGUCGCGCCAUCAACUACGACGAGAAAGAUCCGUUCCUUUGCCAUUCGUGUGGUUUCUGCAAAUAUGCGAAGUUUGAUUACAGCAUCUUUGGAAGAGCUUGCUGUGCUGUUGAUCCGAUUGAAUCGGCUGAAGACAGAACAAAAACCGUGCAAACGAUUCAUGCAUCAUUGGAGAAGGCUGAUCGUUCGUACAAAACAUUGCAGAACAAUAAACAGAUUUUGGAACUACUUGUCCAGAGGGUGGCUGAGCACAAGUUAGAUCGAACUUUGGACGAAACAUUGAUCGGAUCUGUUGUUGGUUCGUCUCAAGUCAACAAGGUUAUUCAGUUGUUGGCCCAAAAGUACUGCGUGGAAUCAAAAUCCACAUUCGAAGAGUUGAGCAAAAUUAUCCAGAAAGUACAGGCGUGUAGAAGAGAACUGGUAGCGUACGACCACAGCCAGCUGGAUUCACCAAGUGGCGGGAUUCUGACCGUUGGGUCUUCAUCGGAAAAGGCGGUCGCGCUUAACAAAUGCUACGGUUGCGCACUAGCAUCGACGGAACAAUGUUUAACUUUGCUCAGAGCAAUGGCUACCAACAUGCCUUGUCGGGUGGGGCUGUGCAAUCAAGGUUUGGUUCAGGAACUAGCUCUCAAUAAUCUACGCCGCGGAACAAAUCAAAUCCAAGAUGAAGUCCGACAACUGCUGUGUUUACUGACUCGAGAUCUACCAGAAGCGACAUCCGGUUUGUGUCAGCUUUUACAGGAUCGUGUUAAAAUGGCCUUAAGCGGUACAGUUCCGUUAGCUAACCUGGAUUCAGCUGUUAGGCACGAAAUGUCGCUUCUAGAAUCAAUGACAGCCCAAGAUGAUUCAUGCUGGGAGUUGAAACUGCGGACGGUGAUUGAAUUGUUCCUGCAGGCAUCAAGAGACGUCCGUGGUCCAGCAGUUGCUGUUAUUCAACCAUGUUUGCGUAUAGUACAAUCGUUGAUGUGCCCUCCGCUGCCAACGAGCAAAACUAACAAAGAUUUGACCACUCAAGACUUGUGUACUGUUCAACCAACCGAAGGUCUCACCAUAAGCUAUGAGAAGUGGAUUGCAAACGAUCCCCAACAUUCAUUUGCAGCUUGGAAAGCCCGAAUGCCACCAAUCACUGGUACAGCAACUCCGCGGGCUGAAGACACUACUAUUCAGUUGGCACUGACAGUAGAUUCAGCGUCAGCAGAAGCUGGAGGGACAACUCCGAUCAGCAGCUUCCGUUCGGUAUUGGAACAUAAGAGCAGUCGCUACCGUAACGCCUAUUUGUUUGAAAAAUACGGGAAACGUUGGCGUCAGAAGGUGCUGAACAAGGGUGUGAAUCCCGUUCCUUUGGAGUUGACUGCUGCAUGGUUGCAACCCGUUCUUUUCAAUACCAACUCUCGGCUCGGACGCCAAUUAGCUUGUGCGUUGGUAACAUCGCUUAGUCGCACCCCGGAGCGUAAACGAGAGAUACUUGAUUUGCUAACCAGCUUCCUCAAGAACAUUGGCGAAUGUGGUGAAGCGAGCGCCGAAUUCAUAGCUCUCUAUCGUAUUCUAGCCGACGAAACACCGUGGCGGCAAUAUCUGGCACUGAAAGGAGUUCUCUCGUUGAUUGCCGAUCUGCUGACCAUAGAGAUCGAAAAAAUUCAUCGUUUGGAGGAGACAACGCUUUCUUCGGAUUUGGCACAAGGUUAUGCUUUAAGGCAGUUGGUUGAAAUGAUGGCCAUGUUCUUGGACAAUCCACCUAUCAGGAAAGCUUUCAAAGGCAAACUUCUGGGAUCUGUUCUGCAAGGCUAUUUGAAUUUGCGAAAACUGGUAGUGCAAAGGACUCGGUUGAUUGAUGAUGCUCAAGAAAAGCUGUUGGAAAUGCUGGAAGAGAUGACAACCGGCACGGAAGAAGAGACUGCUGCAUUCAUGGCUGUUUGCAUUGACACCGUUAGAAAGACACCUACUUCCGAUGUCAAAACUCCCGUUUUUAUGUUCGAACGACUGUGCUCUAUUAUCCAUCCUGAGGAAAAUGACGUGGGUGAAUUUUUCUUGACCCUGGAAAAAGAUCCCCAGCAGGAAGACUUCUUACAGGGAAGAAUGUUAGGUAACCCUUACCCUUCAAACGAAGCUGGCUUGGGACCAUUGAUGAGAGAUGUCAAAAACAAAAUUUGCAUCGAUUGUGAGCUGGUGGCGUUGCUGGAUGACGACAAUGGGAUGGAAUUAUUGGUACACAACAAGAUCAUCAGUUUGGAUUUGCCUGUAAAGGAAGUCUAUAAGAAAGUCUGGCUUCAAGAAGGUGGAGAACGCGAUGCAAUGAGAAUUGUUUAUCGUAUGCGUGGUCUCCUUGGGGACGCAACAGAAGAAUUUAUCGAAACUCUGAAUGCCAAGAGCCAAGAAGAAGUUGACAACGAGCAAUUAUAUCGUAUGGCAAAUGUUUUAGCUGACUGUGAUGGUCUAAAAGUGAUGCUGGAUCGCAUCGGUAGCCUUCAGAAUGUAUCGAGAUCUCGAACUUUGCUACAAGUACUCUUGAAGUUGUUUUUGCUCAGUGUGAAAGUUCGUCGCUGUCAAGAGGUGCUCUGCCAACCAGAACUGGGGGCAAUUAAUACGCUUCUCAAAGUGCUUCAAUUGUGUCUGCAGAGUGAAAAUGAUGCUCAGCAAUCGGCAGUAACCGAGCAACUAUUGGAAAUAAUGGAGACUAUCCUCUCGAAAGCUGCAUCGGACACACUUGAUUCGUUCUUGCAGUUCUCGCUAACUUUCGGCGGACCAGAGUACGUACAAGCUCUACUUUCCUGUACCAAUUGUGCAAAUGUGCGUAACAGCCCGUCAGUAUUGCGGCACCUAAUUCGAGUUCUAGCUGCUUUGGUGUAUGGCAAUGAUAUUAAGAUGGCUUUGCUGUGUGAGCAUUUCAAAGAAGUAUUCGAUUUCGACAAAUUCGAUGCAGAUCGUUCACCGGAAGACGAGUUCAAAAUGGAGCUGUUCUGCGUACUUACUACAGGCAUCGAGCACAACUCAAUCGGCGGAAUUUUGAAGGACUACAUUAUGAGUCUUGGUAUCGUAGAUAAGGCAUUGGAGUAUAUCAAAAGCCAUGCGCCGUGUGUUAAACCAACUUUAUUGAGAACCGAUUCCGACGAGCUGAAGGAGUUCAUUUCGCGUGCAUCAUUGAAAUAUAUUUUGCGAUUCUUGACUGGGUUGGCUACGAAACAUGAAGCCACCCAACUAGCAGUGGCCAAAGAUAUUAUCCCUAUCAUUCAUCGUUUAGAACAGGUUUCGAGUGACGAACAUGUUGGGUCAUUAUCUGAGAAUCUGCUAGAAGCUUUGUGUACUGAACCAGCUACGGCCAAGCGUGUUCAGGAAGUUCGUGAUUUCACUAGAGCUGAAAAGAAACGGCUCGCGAUGGCUACCCGCGAAAAACAGCUAGAUGCCCUUGGAAUGAGGACCAACGAGAAAGGGCAAGUUACAGCGAAAGGGUCAAUUCUUUCACAAAUUGAGAAACUGCGUGAAGAAACUGGGUUGGCUUGUUUCAUUUGCCGCGAAGGAUAUGCAUGUCAACCGAACAAAGUGCUCGGAAUUUACACAUUUACCAAACGGGCAAACGUGGAGGAGUUUGAAAUGAAACAAAAGAAAACUGUAGGGUAUACCACGGUAACGCAUUUCAAUAUCGUGCACGUUGAUUGUCACAUGUCAGCGAUUAGAUUGGCCCGAAGCCGUGAUGAGUGGGAAAGUGCUUCAUUGCAAAAUGCAAAUACUCGCUGCAAUGGCCUUUUGCCAUUAUGGGGUCCAGAUGUCAGCGAAUCGUCAUUUUCAUCUUCUAUGGCUCGUCACAACAAUUACAUGCAGGAAUCUACUCAACGUUGUGAAAUAACCUUCAGUAGUUCCAUUCAUGAUUUGAAGCUUUUACUUCUACGUUUCGCACAGGAGAAAAGUUUCCAUGAGGAUGCCGGAGGAGGUGGUCCGCAAUCCAACAUGCACUUAGUUCCUUAUUUGCUGUUCUACAGUUUGUACACGCUCCUUUCAUCGCGAUCGUACUCACGGGAGGAAAUGAUCCUCUCUGCUUACAUUACACAUAAACCAUCGGAUCGUUGGUUAGAAUGCGCCUACGAGUCGGAAGGUCCUCUCUAUUUGAUCGCCAUGUCGCUUGCACUGCACACUCCUGGAAUUUGGAAUCGUAAUAAGUUGGCUCAUCUCAAACGAAUGAUCACCAUUGGACAUGCACGCCACGUGAGCCCCAACACCAUUUGCAAGUUUGUGGCACCGAACGAUAAAUCACAGAAGGAUUAUACAAUAUACAAACCAUACCUUCUGAUGUGGGGUCUAGUGGAUUUGAUCUAUAAGAACUUCUUCCGCACUGUGACCACACCGAAAGAUGAGGAUUGGCCGAUAUCACUGUUCGAUUACAUCCGUCGUAACGAUGAAGCUAUGCUAAAACAUGCCGAUGGAACACUGGAAACGUUCACCGAUGAGUACGUACCCUGCACUUCGUUUGCCGAGUUUUGCGAUGUAGCUGGUCUUUUGGGUGACAUCGAUAAUCCAGAUGGAUGGAUCGAAGAAUUGUUGCAGUCUUUGCCCUCGCCUGGAACGUCAUCAACAUCAAACGCCGCGGCCAACUCUGCUUCGGGUAGCUCAGCGACUGGUCAAUCCUCAUCGAAUGCUUGAGUUUGGUCCCAAAUUACAAACAUUGAUGAUGAUGAUGAUGACUGGUAAUGGUAUUUUUCUCUCAACACGUUCACAUAACAGUUAAAAUAUCUGACCAUAUUUAUAAUCCCAAUAAUAAGUAUUUCAUAAGUAGUGGGGCUUCAUAAACAUAAAAUAAUAUUUGAAAAUGCACCAAUAUACAACAACACAGUACUAAAAGUAUAACAUGUGAGUAAAAACUCAGUACUAUAUGAAUGCAAUAUGUGUGAUUUAUCAAUUUAAUCUUCUAUUCAAAUAAACUCUUCUUCAAUUGAAAA